UCUCAUACUUUUUUAAUGGCCAAAGAAAAUUAUUGUGUCUAAUGUUAAAUUACUUGUAAGCAAGUGUGGCAUUGUUUUGACAAUUUCGGUACUAUGAAAUGUAUCGUAACUAACGUAUCAGAAGUGUAUAUAUAUGUGGUUAUUUCAUCGUAAUUGCAUCACUAAUGAAAAUUUUAUUACAAGUUUGUAAACGUUAUUCAUAAAUUAAAUAAGAAAAUAAAAGAGGAAAGAAAGCAAAGAGAAAUACAUUGAUAUCAAUGAUGUUUUGGAAGUUCAGUUGGUAUAAGGUUAUAAAAACUCCGAGUUCUACACUUGUUGCAGCAGGCUUAGGCCUUGCUGUAGUGGGUUUUACUGGACGUUACAUUCUUAAAAAAAUGCCACAAUUAUCUCAAAAAAUGGCAGAAGCUGUUAAAAAUAUGCCAAAAUUAGAUUCACAGACAUUAGCUAAUAGUAAAUAUUACAAAGGAGGCUUUGAAGCUAAGAUGACUAGAAGGGAAGCUAGUUUAAUAUUGGAUGUAUCACCAACUGCAAAUAAAGUAAAAGUAAAACAACAAUUUAAAAAAAUUAUGGCUGUAAAUCAUCCAGAUAGAGGUGGAUCUCCAUAUAUAGCAGCAAAAAUUAAUGAAGCAAAAGACUUACUUGAAAAAUAAUGUAGAUAUCCAUAUAGUCAUACAGAAAUAGCAUAUACAAUUAGCUACAUUUGUAAAUUAAAUUGCAGUGAACAAACUGUUAUGUACAUAUUUAACAACAUAGUGAUCUUAUAUUUUAUUUAACUUAUAAUAAAAUUAUUUAUAAGAAAAUA